AAAAAUAAUUUGUAAAAAUAUAACCAGAAGUAUAUAAAAAUUUAUGGCAUUGAAAUUUUAUGAGCUAUGAAACUAAUUUCAAGUUUCCUAUACGGGAUCAUAGUUAAUACAAUAAUAGCUGUAGCAACUGCUAACAUAACUGUAACCAUAGAAGAUUUAGGAGUUCGAGCAGAACGAGCUGCUAAUUUAUCCCACAUAACUGGUGUAUCUAGAAAAAUACAAAUAUAUAUAAAAAACAGAUUUUUACAAAUAUUACCCGAUGGUACAGUAAAUGGUUCUAAUAAUGACAUCUCGAAUUAUACCAUUUUUCAACGAAUAUCAGUGUUACGUGGUCAACUUAAAAUUCAAGCUAUAAUAACGUGUUUCUACUUAUGUAUGAAUUCAUCUGGACUUUUGUAUGGUUCACGGAAUACAAAGUGGGAGAGAUAUGAGCGCGCGAAACAUUGUUUGUUCAAGACAACUAUCGUUACAAGUCCUAUUGGCAGGAGACGUAUUCCCUUAUCGAAGUCCGAAGACAAGUGUCCAGUGACAGCCCUCUUGAAGAAGGAACAAGGAUGUUCCGAUACUAAAGAUUACGUCAUCGACAAGCAACUAAGGAUGAAGAGGCUCUUCCCAGAGUAA